AUGCCCUGCGCGCCCUUUCCGGCCUGGCCCAUCCAGCGCAAGAAGGAUCCGCCCCGCAUGGUGCACCUGAAGCCGCUGCCCCCGCUCUGUGAUCGGGAGCUCCUGGGCUGGUUGGCGCAGCUGGGGGUGAAGGGACUCACCCGCAUCUCGGAGGAGGAGGUGGCCCUGGAGGCAGGGAGCCAUGUUUCGGCUUACUCCGGCAAGGCUGUAAUUACCCGGGAGUAUUCCUUUCUUCCAGUGGAGAUCCCUGUGGCGGACCCGAGCACCAUCGACGGCCUCCUGGGUCUCCAGGGCAUGCCCUUGGGCUCCUUUCGCCUUCAGGUGGCCUUGGACGGGCGUUGGCCAGAGAUCAAGGCGCCCGAGCCGGAGGUGUGCGAGAUCGACGUGGAAGAGCGCGCCAAGAUCCUCAUGGAGAAGUUCCUGUCGGAGGCUGCGAAGGAGAAGGACGCGGCACCGGAACCUCCGGCGGAACCGGUGAGGCCAAGAGCGCCUUACAGGCCCAAGUUCCGGAACGCGCAGUGA